CUCCUAGACUUCCUCGGGCGAAUUCGUCCCCGCUUAUCGCGGCAUCCCGCAUCCGUCUAUCUCAUCUCACCACCCCAUUCCUAUCUCCAUUCCCUUCGACACCACUUCAUUCACUCUCUUCCUUAACGCCUGCCUGGUGAUCUGAUCCUCUCAUACGAUCUAUCGCUAGAGCACAAGCAAUCAUGUCGCAGCUGCUUGAUCUCUCUCCGGAGAUCCUGCACAAUAUCUUCUCCCACGUUCCCCCCACCGACCUUAGCAGAUUGUCUCGCUCUUGCCGGCACUUGCACCAAUUUAUCAAUAAUGACGACUUCCUCUGGAGACUACAAUUUUUAUCUCGAUUUGAUCCGAUUAACGACUCCUCACCGUCAACAUCGUCGUGGAAAGACAGGUUAUCAGUCUUGACCAACGUCGAGAAGAUUUUGGCUUCGGAAAACGAGCAAGUCAAGGACGACAAUGUCGAUGAGGUACUCAGAAGAUGCGUUGAACUGGCCACGAGCGCCCCUCCCUUUUCAAGCAAGAACUUGAGGUUCCUGAAUCGACUCUUCCGCAAUCCCCUCAACACAUCCAAUUUCCUCUGUCGAGCCAACAUCUUCACCACCGCCAAGCCGAGUCUAUGGCCAUGGAAAGAUUCGCCAGAACUUCGCCAACUAUCUGCUCGUCUCCAUGUACUCUUCGGCAUCGAUCUAGAAGCCUCCUGGCCACAUCGAGAUGAACUCUGCCCUCACUUCUCAAUCGAUGAAACCGCCCCCGAUGCCAGCCUAUAUCCGCUCCGCUUCGUCCACCCAUACGCUCGCUCACGAGUCUACGAUCUUCGCCGCUAUACCCAAGCCAAUAUGUGGGGACCAUUCCUCGACGAUGGGAGCCAAGCGAUAGAUUGGGAAAAGGUUCAGGCUAUUAUGAUUGUUCUUGCUUACAACCUGAGAAUCUACACAGAACGGAGACUGCCAGUGGAGUCGGAUCUUGAUGACGACGAUGACGAUGACGAUGAGGAAGAAGAAGAUGAAACACCUUCUUCACACGCCUCUAACUCCUCCCCGUCCGCGGCAACAACACCCGCUUCGACCUCUCCACGCUCCGCCUCGUCCAAUUCAUCUUCUUCGACAUCCUCGAGAACUCGACCUCGAGCCUGGUCGCCAUACAGCGCCCAAAUAUGGGAGUCCCCCUUCCAUGGCAUUGCCAAGAAUAGCUUCAAGUCUCAACCUCUUGGUCCUCUCGACAACGUUACUCCAUCACAACACCCAGAGCUUGAUGCCUUGGACCCUUUUGGAAUCACCGGCACCUGGACCCGCGUUGUUUGUUUCCUUGACUACAACGACUUAUACACCUUCAACUUCGAGAACGGAGACAUCCCGCUCGCCCAGGAACGGGAACCCAUUAGUACAAAGGAAGCCUUCCGCUUGAUCCGGCUGCAACUUCGUGUAACAAAGAUUGAAGAGCCUGGUCCGGAUGACGGCAAGGACUAUCCCGUGGUCCAUUUCGAGGGUACGAGCAAGAGCUCAUUCAUGGCCUGGGAUCCUAAUGCCAACAGCCGCAUUCGAGGUACGGUACGCCAGACCCCCGGCGGUGCUAUUCGCUGGACAACAUUCAGCAUCUUCCAUGGCGAAGAGCGAUGGCGCAGCGAAGGCGUCCAGAUCGGUGGUCCGCGGUCCGCCCGUGGCGUGUUGGGCAACUGGUUCGACAAGGACUACGAAGAACACGGUCCCGCAGGCCCCACGGCGUUUUGGAAAGUCAGUGAUGACAUCGUCGAGGACAAGCCCGUCGUCACCACCCUUGGCUUUGAACACAACUGGGCAGAUGAAAUCGUCCACGUGAUUUUCUCAACGUAAUACAAUGCCAUGAUUAGAGACAGCGACGGGGUCACGACUAUCAAGACAACUGCGAUGCCAAGAGCUUGGACAUAUCUUUGACUUCUUUCGACGGACUUGGCUUCUCUUUGAUUUUCGUACUAUCGACAGUCCAUCAGGAUGUAUGGAUGACGAGCAGAGCACAGUAAAGGUGUCAGAUAGGAGGAUAUUAGCCUACGAUAAUCGUGUCAUCACGCCCGUUCGGAUCAUCAAGAUGUCAUGAUGGGUGCGCAGACAGCAUCCAUGGUAUGUUCUGGCCAUAUCGGAAUGUACAAAUCUUCCAAUGCACAUGUCGUCAAUAUAUCAAAUUCAUCGCCAAAUGUGAUAGUCCCUUUGUGUAUGUAGACAGUUC